GGUCUCUUUCGAGUCCCUUUGGAGUCAUUGGUCUCACUCUCAGGACCUCGUUGGCUCUUCAUUUUUCCUUUCGCUUGACUUAAACGUUAUCCAUUCUUGCUUUUCCUCCGAAGCGCAGAUUCUCUGCGGACAAACCCUAAACAAUUUGACCCUGGAAAAUGUCGGGAAAAGGAGCGAAAGGGUUGAUUACGGCUGGCAAAUCCACAAAGGACAAGGACAAGGACAAGAAGAAACCCGUCUCUCGCUCAUCUCGCGCUGGUCUCCAGUUCCCAGUGGGUCGAGUCCACCGACUGCUGAAGACAAGGGUUAAUGCAAAUGGAAGGGUUGGAGCAACAGCUGCGGUAUACACAGCUGCUAUACUGGAGUACCUGACUGCAGAAGUGCUAGAACUGGCAGGUAAUGCAAGCAAGGAUCUGAAGGUUAAGCGUAUUACACCUAGGCACUUGCAGCUUGCUAUCCGGGGUGAUGAAGAACUUGACACCUUGAUCAAGGGAACCAUAGCAGGUGGUGGUGUUAUCCCACAUAUUCACAAAUCACUUAUCAACAAAUCAUCUAAGGAGUAGUUUAUGUAAUUGGUCUCUGUUUGUUUGUGUCUGUACCCUUAAACCUCAGAGAAAAUGUUUUGAGGCCUGCUUGUUUAUGGACAAGGUGGAUACUUGUUGUGUCAGUAGCUGAUUAUGGAGAUUCAGGAUGUUGAAUUAGAAAGAUGCUUCGAGUAUCAAUUCUAGUGCAAACUGGUGAUAGUUUAUAUGGACGCAUUCUUGAAAUGCCAGUUACUAAAAAAUUUAGGAGGGUCUCGGUGUAAGAGUGAUUCUUUUCUCCAUUUUUAUAUGCUAAUCUCUUGCUUUGA